AGAAAAUCCAGAAAGGUUGUCAACAUUGGAAACUUGUGAUAAUUUUUAGAUUUUCCUGUUUGAUAGUGUAUUUCUAUAGCUCAUCCAACAAACAGAAAAUAUGCCUAAAUGACUGGAAAUAUGACAGUUGAGCAGCCAGAAUUUCCUCAAAUUGGACAGACCAAACCGUGUGAUGACCAUACCUAUGCCCAGGUUAAGGAGAUUACAGGCAUCACUGAUCGCAAACUGAUCGAGCAAGCUGUAACUAGCUGUAGAAAUAAUGAUGGCAAAUAUGAUGUAUCAGAUGUAGUGGGAUAUUUGAUUGGAGAUGACAAUAAACGCAAAGGAAAGAAGGUGGUCAAGGCAGUGGAAGAGGAUGAAGCUGAUGCAGUUGCAGGUCCCGCACAGAACCUCAAUAAAAAAGGAGGGGUGAUUGACCUGACCAAUGUGAGCGAUACAAAUGAGUCUGAAGACAUCCAAAAGGCGAUUGCAGCAAGUCUGGUGGACAGUGGGGGUCCUUAUGUCCAGGAGACAUCACCAGGGAUACUAGGGGGUCAGGUGUCUAGAGAAGAGCAGGACAUCUCCAGAGUUUUGGAACAGAGCUUGAUUGAGAGUAAAGCUGGCACAAAGCGCAAGAGGGGAGAUAUUUGGUUUGUCGACCCGUUAAAUCCUCAUGAGAGAAAGCGUAAAGAUAGCUGGCCUAUUGGAUUGAAAAAUGUGGGAAACACAUGCUGGUUCAGUGCAGUAAUGCAGUCCUUGUUCCAUCUUCGAAGAUUUCGCCACCUUGUUCUUACGUACCAGCCUCCUAAAGAAGUCCAGCAGGGGACUAGUCAGAUGAAGCGUAAUCUGAGGUUCAUGCAGGAGUUACGUCACCUGUUUGCCUUGAUGAUUGGGUCCCGACGGAAGUAUGUGGACCCUUCCAAGGCUGUGGACAUUCUGAAAGAAGCAUUUAACUCAGCAGUCGUCAGUUCUGCCAGUGUCACAGAUAGCCAACAGGACGUAAGUGAGUUCCAACACAAGCUGCUGGACUGGCUGGAGGAUGCCUUCAAGUCUGCCUCCAGACCCAACACUCCAGACCCAGAUGCUGAGAAAACCGACAAGGAACGCAGUUGCCAUGGUAAUAAUCCGAUGGUGGACUUGUUCUAUGGACAGUUUCGAGCGGAGGGGGUUAAUGAAGGCAAGGAUUUCAGCAAUGAGGAGACGUUUGGGCAGUUUCCACUUCAGGUGAACGGUUUUCGUGACAUUCAUGAAUCUCUCGAGGCGGCCACGGCACUGCGCGAGAUAGAAACUGUUAGUAGUGAGUCUUCACAGAAAUCAGGACAGGAGCUGUGGUUUACUCGACUUCCUCCUGUGUUGACAUUUGAGCUCUCCAGAUUCCAGUUCAACCAGCAGAUAGGUCGUCCAGAGAAAAUACACAACAAAAUAGAGUUCCCUCACGUUAUAUACAUGGACAGAUACAUGGACUGCAAUCGGGAAGAGACAAGACAGCGAAGAGAGAGAGCCAAGAAAUUGAAAGAAGAACUAGUUGCAUUACAGUUCAGACUUGAAAAAUUUACAAACUAUGGGUCAGGUAAAAAACGGUACCCUCUACAAGAUGUCUUGUCAUACGCUCUCGAAUUCGCUAAAACCCGCCCUGAAUCACCACGUAAAACUGUCACUGUUUCACAAGAUAUAGAGAUGGAAUGUCUUUCACCAAAUAAUAGUCUGAACAUGAUGGUUGAUUCCCCAAUCAAGUCACCACCAGAUGUUCCUAUGGCAACAGUUACAUCUCCUCUAGCACAGGGGCAGAGUUCUCCUGAUGGUUCCCAGGGAAACCAAAAUCCAGGUAACCAAGACAACCAGUCACCGAAUAAAGAAAGCCCCUCCCCAGCAGUCACAGUCCCCACAAUCCCUGUCACCAUGGUAACAGCACAACCCAGCUGCACAGGAAAUACUCCCCCAGAUGUCACCAUGGCAACAGAAAAUAGGUCAUCACCAAUAACAACAGAGACAGAGUGUUCAGAACGUCCUCACCCAAGACAUGUGUCUGAUGGUGAGCUGGUGGUAUUACAGGAUUGCCUUCAUAGAUGGAGAACAGAGGUGGAACAUGAUGUAAAAGAAUUACAGGAAGGAAUAGGUCGGCUAGAAGAUUCAAUUAGCAGAAUGUACAGCGAUGAGCCAAUGACGAAGCACCCAUACCACCUGCAUGCAGUUCUAGUCCAUGAAGGUCAGGCAGCGUCGGGCCACUACUGGGCGUACAUUCAUGAUGCUGGGUCUGAUUCUUGGCUCAAGUUUAAUGACAUCACAGUUACGGAAGCAUCGUGGGAGGAGUUGGAGAAGGACAGUGUUGGCGGCUACCACAACACCAGCGCCUACUGUCUCAUGUACAUUGAUAAAACACGCAUAGAGGAAGAGGCUGUAUCUGGUAAGGCUGCCCCUGGAACAACAUCUGACCUUGAGAACCUGCCUGUUGACCUUGGGGAUUUGGUGACUGUUGACAACAAGCUCUUUAGUGAGGAGAUAGAGCGCUGGGACCGAGAGCUAGCCAGAAAGGCUGCUGGCUCUGGAGACUCGGAUGUUGUUGAAAAUAAACCUGCUCUGCCUCAUCCAAACAUGAGCAGUUCUAGCACAGUGUCAACUCAGACGACCCAACCAGCUGUAAGGCAAAUAAACUUUGGUGCCAUCCAUGCCCAGCUGUCUGCGAAUGAGAGUGCCAUUGCACUUCGCAGGGUUCUGGAAACCGAAGAUCUGGAGGCUGAGAAGGGAUUAAGCAAUGCUUUAAAUAGGGCAGUAGAGAUGGAACACAAAAGAAUAAAAAACAUUGUAGAUAAGGAAUUGCCGUCGUUGUUCCCUAAACAAGACCCACGCCUACAGCACAUUGUUGCAUUCCUGAUACACUGCGAGUGUAAAAACAGUGUCACUCUCAUCAUGCUACUUGAACAGUUUGCUGAACUCAUCUAUGAUAAUAAUGAGAACAUUAAAAGGUUGAAACAGUUAGCUGGGGACUGGAUGAAACAACUCAAGUGCUCCAAGGAGGAGGAGGUGGAAAAACAGUAUAUUGAAUGGCAUGAAAUGUACCAGAAAUACCUGAAGACUGCCUUACUGUUUAUUAAGGGUGUCUCAUUAUAUUUUGAAGAAAAACAUGUCCAGGCAUUAGCGUACCUCCUGCAUGCUCACCUGUUAUCUCUGGACCUUCUGAAGAUGAACCGUCAUGCCAUCCUGCCAGAACCCAACAUUCUUGCCUUCUUCUUUCGACAAACACUACUGCAUCUUAACGACACCCUGGCACAUCAGUUUGAAUCUAAGGCUGAAGUGAGUGAUAUUCUGGAGAUGGUGUUACGUAACGUGGUGCCGUGCCUGCAGACCGUGGUCAACAUCGGCAACACAGAGGACGUUGCUGCUGUGGAAGACAUUCGGGAGAAAUGGUGCAACUUCCUUGGGCAGGAGAUGGAAGCCUCAAAAGUGGAACUGUUACAAGACUUUUUAUCCAAAUUGUUUGAGCCUCCGUCAGAGCUGCGAGUGCCUCGGAUGCCCAAGAUUGGAAUGGAAAGCUUUCAUCAUAUUCAUAAACAGUAUUCCCUUAUAAUGGAGAAAGCCAUGGAGUAUGGGGACAUAGAAAAAGCUUUGAAAGGGUCCUGAGUUUUAACCACUUGACUUUCUGUGAUUUCAUAUACAUACGCAUAUUGUUAUUGCAACAAAACUCCUCAACAUGUACAUCCGAGAUGGUGCCACUGUGGUUGAAGGAGUCAAGUGUUGAUGUAGCCGUUUGAACGGAUUACCUGUCCACCCAACACACACAUCAACAAUAUUUAUUUUCAAGUGGAAUGGUUUAGAACCAGUAUGCUUAAAUGUGAUUCAAAAAGAAUAUGAAAUAAUAAUUAUCUCAAACCAUAAUAUUUGCAAUUGAUCAAAAGUAAUUGGUGCCAUAACAAAAUGAUGUUAGUUCUUGAAAGUAGGCAUUUUCUUAUUGUUCAAAGACAAAUGUCACCCGAUAUAUUAUGUCUAACAAUGUUACUACAAUGGUGCAAAAUGUGCUUUACUCGUAUGCACAUAAUUCGUCAUUCUUCGUAUGUUCGUUUUCACUCUUGUUUUUACUCAAAUUCAUAUUUUUACCAAGUUGGUUAGUUUCACAUUCAAUAAUGUCCAUGCUGAGUGAAAUGUUACAUUUUGUUAUUAAAUACAUGCAACACAUUUUUAAAAUCUUACUUACAUUGAUUAAACAUUAAGAAAUCUUGUUAAAAAAUAAUUUUGUAGUCAGAUCAUAGUAUUUUAUAAUAACUACAGUGUAAAAAAUUACCUUAACUGUUUAAGUCAUGAAUCUGAUGAAUUGAGCGGAAUCAGUGAUCUUCAUUUAGAAUGUUAAUUGACUGUCCAUUUCAUGAUGGAUCAACAAAAUAUGUUAUCACAUUUGAAUGUACAUUUGGUUUGAAUCAUUUGACACUACAUCUGCAAAUGUAUAUUGGUAUAGUUACAUAUUAAUACACCAUAUGUAAAUUAAACACAUUGAACAAAUGAAUAUGUGUGCCGCCCUACUUGUUUUAAAAUAAAAAUAGCAAGUUUAAUAUUUUAUCACAUAAUUAGAGUAUUUAAAAUGACGUGUAACACUUUACGGAAUAUUCAUCUUUUUUAGGUAUUUAUUAAAAAUAAUGUAGAGCAGUUAUGGAAGAGAUGCACAUAUCUGAAAAUAAUACAGAUCUGCAGAAUUAAUGUUAAGACUAUUUGCUUAACCUUCAAAAUUCAGUUUUCAGAACAUUUUCACUUACUUUCUCACUUUCCCAACACAAACUAAAACCUGUACAUUAUGUAAAGGAUUCAUUUUCUACUGAUAGUGUAUUUAAUGACAAAUGUGUUGUGUGGUAUCGGUUUAAACAUUCAACUAGUUCUGCAGUACAAUCCGUGCUCUAAUAUUACAAUGGUUUUGUCUUCAAAAUAACAAUCAUAAUUUGUUUCAAAGUGUUUGCUUCUAACAAAAUCAAAAUAUACACAUUGAAAUUGUGCUUGCGCGCAGUGUGAUUACUUAAUUUAAGUGGGUGGUUUUAUUUCUUGAUCCCCUGACCUUUCCAGUACAAAAGUCUUUAUUAUAGUACUAACCCCACGCUCAUAAUAUGGUUUAUGCCAUUCUAGAAGAACACAGUUUUGUUUUCCUUUCCACUACCAGUAAAAACAACAACAUUUAAAUGUCAAAAAAUAAUGUCAAGGACCAACGAAAUACAGAUGUUUCAAGCUAAAAGAUUUGUAACAUUGGCUUAAAUAGUUUGUUCAUGCAUCCCUAUUGAUAAUAGUCUAUUUUGAAAUAUGUCUGAAUUUGCAAAGCAUAGUAUUUCUCCUGUAUAAUUUCAGUAUGUUUCUGUCAGCUUUACAAACCUGUUGGGUGCUGAUGAAUGAAAAGUGCCCUUAAACCAGGCAUUAAAUGUGAAUUAAACUUGUGUUCUUUUUUUAAGUAUCACGAUGAAAAGCUUUCUUUAACAUAUUAACUUCAUUUGCAUGUUGUCUAUACAGUUAACUGCAGGUUUGCUAAUUUUAUCACAAAUACCCGGUAUACUAGCACAUUGAUGCCAGCAUCAACGAUUUUUAAGCAGCAAUUAAAUUUAUAUCUUCAUGGCCUUAUUUAGAUCAGCAACUUAAUGUACAUGAUAAUGCCAAUAAGAAGCCCAUAAUACAUUACAAUGAAUAGUUCUGCUGUGAAAUUGUGUACAUGGUGUUUGUCUCUGUCUGACUAGGUCCUAAGGGCAGCCUUGAUAUCCCCUGGGGUAGUCCAAGCUUAAUAGACCAGGUCCCCUCGUCUAUAAUGUACAUGUCUGUAGUCUGCCAAAUUCCGCAGCAUAACAAAGGCUAUAACAGUCAUGCAAGCCACUUAUAUCGCUCACUGCAUUCAUAUCAAUUGAUACUACAUUGUAUUUUAAGCCAGAAUGCAAGUAUAAAAAUAAUAAAAAUGAGCCUUUCGCAUGUCCUGCUUGAGUAUGUUCAUUAGGUGUUACUGAUAGGGAUGUUGUAAUAGCUAAAAUUGAUCACCUUUAUAUGACUGUAAUAUACUCUGUAUUCUUAACUUUAUAACUAUGUUUUGUUGACGAUUUGAAAUAAAACCCUAAACAAAUGAA